AUGGCUACGAAGACUCUGACUCAUGGUGAUUACACCGUGGGAUGGGUAUGUGCUCUACCGAAAGAGCAAACUGCGGCCCUGGCUAUGCUAGAUGAAAAGCAUGCGGACCUCCCGAAACAACAAAAUGACCCUAAUGUGUACACUCUCGGAAGCGUUGGCAAACACAAUGUCGUGAUUGCUUGCUUACCCAUGGGCAUGAUUGGCAACAACAAGGCAGCGAAUGUAGCAGCUCAUAUGGUCUCUAGUUUUCCAUCAAUAAAAUUUGGCCUGAUGGUCGGCAUUGGCGGCGGUGUCCCACCUAAUGUCAGGCUUGGUGAUGUCGUGGUGAGCAAACCAGUGAGUGAGUACAGUGGGGUGGUGCAAUGGGAUUUCGGCAAGGCAGAACAAAGAGGCACUUUCCAACGAACGGGGGCGUUGAAUAACCCUCCAUCGGCCCUGCUGGCAGCUCUCACUAAGUUGGAGUCGAAACACGAUAUGGAAGGAUCUGAAAUUCCCCAGCAUCUGGAGGAUCUAAAGAUGAAGUGGCCGAAGCUGAUACCGAAGUACAUAAAGUCUGAUUCCCUUGAGGACGUUUUGUUUGCAGCAGAUCAUACCCAUAGACGCCAGUCCAUAUGGCAGGCUGUCUUUUCAAUCCUAUGGGGGACGAUUCUUGCUCUUUUCAAGCACCUGUUAGGGUCUGCAUUUGCACCGAGUUCUCCCGAACACUCGAAUGGAGGAACUCCUUACGAUAUGGAAGAGGGGGAUGAUGACUGCCGAUUCUGUAAUAAGUCCAAGGUUAUCAAAAGAAGACCCAGAAAUAUGCGUCUGCAUUACGGUCUGAUCGCUUCCGGAAAUCAAGUUAUCAAAGACGCAAUUCGCCGAGAUGGGAUCAAUAAGAUGCUCGGAGGUAAUGUCCUCUGCUUCGAAAUGGAGGCUGCUGGACUGAUGCAUGACUUCCCGUGUCUUGUCAUUCGAGGUAUCUGUGACUACGCAGACUCGCACAAGAACAAGAAAUGGCAGGAGCAUGCUGCAGCUGUUGCUGCGGCUUUUGCCAAGGAGUUUCUCUCGAUGGUGCCCGCACAGGAGGUGGAUAUGAUGCCUACAAUCAAAAGUCUCCACGAAGGCAUCGAAAAAAUAUCCAGAAACGUCGACGACAUUAAGCAGCGACAGAUAAUCCAAGAGGAGAACAGCGAACAGCAGCAAAGAAGUCAAGUUCAUCAAGCCAUCCUUGACUGGCUUACCUCAACCGACUACUCUUCUCAGCAGAGCGACUUCGUAGGGAGAAGACAGGAAGGAACUGGAAACUGGCUAUUGGCGUCGAACAAAUUCCACACGUGGGUAAACCACCCCAAGCAAAUUCUAUUCUGUCCGGGAAUCCCAGGAGCUGGAAAGACUAUCGCCACCUCUAUUGUGGUCCACCACUUACAGAGAAAGUUUCGAAACGAUACUAGUGUAGGAAUUGCAUACCUAUACUGCAAUUUUCGCCAGCAUCAAAAGCAAAAUCCUAAAGAUCUUAUCUUGAGUCUACUGAAGCAAAUUAUCCGGGGAAUGCCUUCUGUACCUAAAUACGUGGAACAACUCUACCUAGAACACAGUCGCAAAGGGACACGCCCAACCUUUGAGGAGAUAACAGAUGUAUUUUUCUCUGUGGUCGCUGGCUUUUCAUGGACUUUUAUAAUCAUCGACGCUCUAGAUGAAUGUAACAUCUCUGAUGGAGCCCGCUCCAAGUUCAUGUCAACAAUAUUUGACCUUCAUGAUCGCACCCGUGCAAACGUCUUUGCGACAUCGCGAUUCAUCCCUGAUAUUGAGAAGGAAUUCAAGAAAAGGGAGGCCGAUUGGCUGGAGAUUCGUGCCAGUGACGAAGAUAUGCGAAGAUACCUAGAUGGCCACAAGUCACAAUUACGUUCGUUUAUCUUGGAGGACCCUGAGCUCGAAGAGAAAGUCAAGGCUACAAUUGUCAAAGCAGCGGACGGAAUGUUUCUUCUUGCAAAGCUUCAUUUAGAUUCCCUUGAAGACAAAAUCAACCUUACACAAGUCGAGCAAGCCUUAGAAAAGCUUCCAAGGGGUUCGGAUGCAUACGAUCAAGCUUACGAGGAGGCCAUGGAGAGGGUGCAAGGUCAGAAAAGGGGUUUCCGGGAUCUUGCUAUGCAGGUUCUUUCGUGGAUAAUUUGCACUAAAAGACCUCUGACCAAGCUAGAGCUACAAUAUGCUUUAGCAACUACAGAGAAUGCUUCAUCAAUCGAUCAAGGUAACAUUACAGAUAUUGAACUGAUUAUCUCUGUAUGCGCUGGCUUAAUCACGGUUGAUGAAGAAAGUGGCAUUAUUCGCUUAAUCCACUAUACGACGCAAGAAUUCUUUGAGCGGAUGCAAAAGCCUUACUUCCCCAAUAUGCAGGAACAGAUUGCGCGAACCUGCAUAACAUAUUUAUUAUUUGAUGAAUUCAGCUCUGGUUUCUGCGAGACCAUUGAUGAAUUUGAAGCACGAACAUAUCAGAGUCCACUCUACACUUAUGCCGCAUAUUAUUGGGGCGAUCAUACCAAAGGAACUUCAUUAGAGGAGGGAUCCUUGAUUCUGAGUUUUCUUGAAAGUAAUACCAGAGUAGCCGCUGCUAGUCAAGUGAUAUUCACUGUGGAACGGUUUCUAUACGGCACGGAGUAUGGCCAGAGACUUCCGAAGGGAACUAUCGGCUUACACCUUGCAGCACAUUUUGGAUUGAGCAGGGUUGCUCUUACUUUACUCAAAAGGGAUUCUUGCCUAAACGUUCAAAAUAAUUAUGGUUGGACACCGCUUUGGAUAGCAGCUAGGGCUGGGCAAGACGCUGUGGUCAAACUUCUCCUUGCAGAAAACAACAUUGACUGUGAUACCGGAGAUGCAGCGAGUAAUCAUUCACCGCUUCGAAUGGCAGCAGCAAAUGGUCAUGCAAGCGUUGUUGAGUUGUUUCUUGAAAAGGGUAUUGCCAACCCUAAGUCGACGGGCAAUCGUAUGUGGGAAACUACAGUUACAGGUGCACUUACAGGAGCAGUCAUAAACGGACAUGUAGAUGUCGUGAAGCUGCUGCUGACUAAGAAAUGUAUUCAAGUUGACUUGAAGAAUGAAAGGAUCCAAGGUUCUUUGUGGUUGGCGGCAAGAAACGGCCAUACAGCAGUGGUGGAGCUGCUACUUGGGCUUGAUGGUGUUGUUUUGAACGUCCAGAGUAAAUACUUUUAUCGUCAAACACCGUUAUCUGUUGCCGCUUCAAAAGGGCAUAUAGAUGUGGUGGAUUUAUUGAUCACGAGCGGUCGUACUAACUUGAACUUGAAGGACGACAAGGGUCGGACACCGCUGUUUUUGGCCUCAAGAAACGGCCAUGAGUCAGUUGUUAAACUUCUUUUGACAUUGAAUGGCAUUGACCGAGAUGCGACUGACAUCUCUGCCCGAACACCACUCUCUGCAGCUGCGGCAAGAGGACAUUUCACGGUUGUUCAGUCAUUACUCGGGUCUGGGGCUAACCCUACUUUGAAAGAUAACUACGGUUGGACGCCAUUUCUAUGGGCUUCGGCCAUCGGCCAGCGAAACGUCAUGCAUUUGUUACAAGAGAUGGAUGAUGUGCGUGAUAAACGCGAACAAGAUGAAGACCAUGACGAGGAACUCCCGACAAUAGAAGCCAAUUUGGAACCUGAAAGCAACCAAAAUGACUCGCUUUUUGAAGAUUACUAUAUCGCAUGGAUUUGCACACGCCUGGACGAAAUGGCUGCCGCUAGGGGAAUGAUGGACACGAUACAUGUUGAUCUAACAAAACAUCCCCAGGAUGAAUAUGUCUACUUCCUAGGAUGUAUUUCCAGUCAUAACAUAGUGGUUGCAUGCCCGGAAUUCCCUCCACGAGAUGAUGCAUCACUCAUGACAAUUGGAAGUCGGAUACUACGUACAUUCACCUCAGUACGGGCGGCCUUACUAGUAGGCAUCAGUGAGGGUGUGCCUACCAAGGAACCUGACAUUCGUCUGGGUGACGUUGUUGUUGGCGCAGGCUCUUCAGGCGGACUUGUUCGGCAUGAUCCAACGAUUAUGGAACUCCCAGCCAUCACAAUACGCCCCCCUGUAGCGUUUUUGACGGCUAUUUCUGCCCUUGAAUCACAUCAUAUGCCCAAAGAAAGCUUGGUGACAGAGUUCAUUCCAGAGAUGAUAGCGAAGCAUCCUUCUAUGUCAGCAAAUUUUGCCAGCUGUUCCAAGCCCCCAGAUUUGCUUUUUGACGCGGAUUAUGGCCAUGUUGGCCGUAUGGGCAACUGUGACAAUUGUGAUACCACGCAGCUCAUUUCUCGACCUCCUCGAAUUGAAAGUCACCCUUUUAUUCAUUAUGGAAAGAUUUUUGCCAUUCCCUGGGAUGGGUUUCUAUAUGGGCUACCACAGCUGGGAUUAAUGCGCUUCGGUACUCUUUGCUCCGAAACCCAUGCUUUUGGCUGGAGCGAGGACUUCCCAGCGCUGUUUAUUCGGGGCAUAUGGAGCUAUGGUGAUGGCCAUGCUAAUAGAAAUUGGCAGGGGUAUGCUGCAGCUACGGCGGCGGCAUAUGCAAAGGAGCUACUUAGAAUUGUUCCUCUUGAAGAUAUACUAGGAAUGCAGGCAGUCACGAUGGCUACAAGAAGUCCCGAAUCAUGA